UCAGUGCAGCAAUGGUUGGUUUAAUAAUUUCAGUGCUGAUGAUCUGUGGCAUGGGCUCGUUUACAGCUGUUAAAUCAUCUCAGAUAGUCAAUUUGUCAGCUCAACCAGGAGAGAAUGUCACUAUUUGGUGUCAGCACACCUCAGGGACGGGAAAGAACACGCACUGGUUCAAGCAAACAAACAAUUCUGUACCUAUUGCCAUUGUAUACAUGAUGAUAACCUACGAGUUUAAGGAACUACAUGCUAAUUAUUUAAAUGAUUUUCAACAAGAUCAUAUUCUGAUGACUCUGGAUAUCAAAAACACCUCCCUGAUCAUUUUGAAUGUGGAUGUUUCUGAUUCUGGUCUGUACUUCUGUGGUUGGGAGAACUGGGUGAUGACAUUUGGUGAUGGAACAAAUCUAUACAUCAAAGAGAGGAGUGUUACACCACUGCAAAAUGAAACAGAAAUAACAAAUAAAGUGAAAUGUGAUCUAAAUUUAACAGAUCUCAAGAGGAGCCCGAUUUCUACAAGAGACUGUUCUGAAAACAUCUUUUAUAACCUGACCUUUAUUUUUGGUGGUAUUAUUGUUAUACUCAUCAUCAUUCCGCUCACAACGCUCAUUAUUAAGAUACAGGAGAGAAACACACGGGAAAAAGGUAACAGGGCAUCUAUUCAUUCAGAAGAUUUACUUACAUCGCUGUAUGCUGCUCUACAGUUCUCAAAACACGAAUCCAAGAGAACAGCCAGAAAUACAGAGGAUACAGAUGUUGUGUAUUCUGCUACUAGAUAG